UCACUUUUUGUCCCGUUUAUAAUCAUAAAAUAUUAUUAUGUACGUGUCUUCGCUGCUUUCGUUGCGUGCUAUUUGUAUUUGCAUAUUUUAAUAUUUUCACGCAUUCGUAGCUAUAAUAACCGUAUCAUGAAUAAUGUGACAAAAAACAUGUUUUAAGUCCCAAAGGUAUGGGAAAACCUGAUAUACCUACUUUAUCUACCUUUGAAUGUCGCAGUGUUUUGGAUUCCAUUCAAAAUGAAUUUGAGCAGCUGCAGAAAGAGGAUUGCAGUUUGAGCAAACUACAACAGGAUUUAACUGACCUCAUUGCUCAACGGAAUAUACUUACUAAACGCAAAGGCUUCAAUGAAAAGUAUUGUGUUCUUUGUUGUUCUGCAUUUAAUCUGCUUUUCAAACGGAAGUUAUCAUGCCAUGAUUGUAACUUUUUAGUAUGCAGGUCAUGCUCCUCUUGGGAUUAUUCCACCAAUCAAUGGUUAUGUAAAGUAUGUGAAAAACAGAGACUUUUUAAUGCUGCUUCCCGAGAUUGGAUAUGCAAUCGUUUAAGGACAAGCUUUAAGCAUUUUAGUGCUGCUAAAGCCUUACAAAAUUUCUGCCGAAACAGACGAAUAUCUGAUAGUGAAAAUGAUUCUGGUUAUGGAGCUGCUGCUGAAUUACCUUUAAUGAAACUUCUCAGUUCUCAUUCAUUAAAUAAAGAUUUGAAAAUGGCUGAUCUUUCAUCUCAUGAUGGUGAUUGUGAAGAGGAUGAAGAUGAAGUUGGAGAUGAAGAAGAGCUUGCUGAAAUUCAUUAUAGCAUUGAAACAAUUUUGGAAGGCCUUCUUGGUGGAUCAUUAGAUGAUGCUUUAGUUGACCAAUUAUAUCCAAGUUCUAAUAUUUAUUUAAAUUUGUUUUCUACAUAUCAUGUGAAAUUAGUUGAAGUAAUUCAGAAUUUGUCAAAAGCCUUGCAAAAAGCAUUACAUAAUUUACCUUCUGAGAAUGGUAUUACUCCAACAUCAGCUCAUGCAGCUUUAAAAAGUGUCAUAAUGUCUCUUGUUGAAGAAUGUCAAGAUAUUCCUCCCUUGCAGUUAGAGGAGCCAAAAGAAGUUGAUCUGAAUGCUAGUUUGUCUUUUGAUUUUGCUAAUAUAUUCUCAUCAUAUGAUAGUCUAGUUGCUGCUGCAGUUAUAAACAAGGUUGUUGAAGAAAGUCAAUCAAAAUUCAAACAGUGUGAUUUUACUUCAUUGGAAAGUUUUAAAGCUGAAUUAGAUAAUAAACCACUACAUACAGAUUUUGAAAAUGGUAAUCAUGAAAAUGAAACUUACAGUAAUACUGCCACUACCUCAGCUCCUUUUGAUUUACCUGUUGAAUCUGUGCAAAUUGAAGAAAUAGAAGAAAUAACACAAGAAUUUACAGAUUCAGAAGAUGAUAAACUUAGCAGCAUUAGCAAAUGGUCCAACAGCUUACAAAGUAUUGAUGAAGUUGGAGUUCAAAAGCAUCCUGAUUUUGAAACAUUCAUAGAUAUUGAUAAUAUAAGCAAAACUCCUACCCCAUUUCCUGAAUUUGGAUGCGACUUAAUUGAUGAUCCUGGAAAUGAAGAGAUUGGAAUCAUUUGUCAUCCUACUGUUGUUACAACUUGGGAAGAAAACUGGCUGUUCAGAAAAAAGAAACGAUUACCUCUUUACAGUAAUUUAAAGUAUCAGCUUUUAACUUAUUGUGAUGAACCACCAUGCAUGUUAAUUCCAUGUCCUUCUGAAUCUACAGAUGUUUUAGAACAAGAUGAUUUUUCCUCUGAAUUAUCAGAAACCCAUUCUGCUGGAUCAUUGGAAUUUUCAAGUGAUCCUGAUGAUUUGAGCUCUGAAACUGAGAAUUCUAAUGUUAAUGCAAAAAUUAGAAAAGAGUUUUUAUCUAAGUCAGAAAAGCAAGUAUUUGAUAACUCUAGUCCUAUUUCUGUAGAGAAUAAAACAGAAUUCCAGCAAAAUAGAUUGUGCCAAUCAAAAGAAGUGAGUAAUGCUGGGAAAUGCACUUCUGAUAGCAAAAAUGAAAAGCCAUCAAAUGUUAUGUCAAAGGAUGAGGAUUUAAAACAAAUUAAAUCUGAGUCACAGCAUCCUCAAUCCAGUUCUAAAAAUGAAAAUAAGAGUAACAAGGAUGAAAAUGAAAUGUCUCCUGUGAGUAAUGCACCUAUUGUUACUCACUUUGGAACACUGUCUCAGCAAGAAUUUGUGGGUAGUAUUGCUGAAAGAGAACACAAGAAAUGGCUUAAUGCAAUACCUCUGAAAAAUAAUCCUUAUAGUGCUGAAAAUAUUUCUAAACGGUCCAGUUUCUCUAAAAAUGCAAUUGUGAAAGAACCUAUAUCUUCUUUUGAAGAAUUUGAAAGAAGGCUUUCAGCUUCUUCUGAAACAAGUGAGCCUGCUGUAAAUAAGGUCAACUGCGGUCCAAAAUCAAUUGACAGUGAAUUGUACAAGAGAGACUAUUAUGUAAAUCAGGAUCACAGGAGUGAAAAUAAUUAUUUGUAUCCUCUUCAAAAAUCUGCUAAAUAUCAGUACAGUCUGAAUGAUGAUUGUUUUGAGCCACUCACAGAAGAGGCCUUAAAUUCUUUUGAAGAAAAAGUUUAUGUCAGGUCUGGGAAAGUUUUCACCUUAGAAAACCAUGUCAGAAGACUUGAACAGGAAAUUAAAGAUCCACCUUUAUCUCCAGAUUUGUCUAGAAAGACCAGACAUAAUCCACAAGUUAUUAAAAAGAAUGCACAAAGUCAGAAUGGAAUGGCACAUAACAUUAAAGUUGCAGGUGAUGACCUGUCAUCCACUCACUCAUCCAACAGUCCUGCUUCAAAGCAGUUAAAAGCUGAUUCUUUGCAGGUGUUUGCUGAAAACAAAUCAUCAUCUGUAUCAAAUAAAGCAGAACAAGAGAAGAUUAAAAAGACUAAACCAUGUAGAAAAAUUCACAGCUUAACUGCCAGAAGUCUAUCCAGGGAGUUUCGUGACCUUGCGAAACUAAAUCUUCCAAAACCCAUGAAUAGAACUAUUCCAGUUCCAACUCAGAAUGGUGACGAGGGAACAAGUGAGAGGGAAAGUCUGUGUAGUCCAGAAUCAGUACAGAGUUCAUAUAGCACUGGUCAAGCAGAUAAUGGACAUGGUUAUACUUCAGAUGAAAGCAAUACUAGUACGAAUUCUGCAACUAAAGGCAAAUCUCGACGACAUAUAUCGCGAUCCAUACUAGAAAGGGCUACUUACUGGGAACGCAGAGCUGAGCAGGGAUUGUUGAGUGAUGCUUCUGUGAAUGAAGAGUUCCCUGGAAUAGAUAUUAAUCCUGAAUAAUUUUGUUUAGAAAACUGUUUACAUAGCUAUAUAAAUUGUCCAAGCUGUUUUCUUAUCUACGGUAUAUUUUAAUUUUUUUUUAAGGAUUCAAGCUAUUUUAAACUUUUAAGAGGCAUAUAGUAUUAAUUGCUAAUUACUUAGCUAUAUUGCUUUAUGUUUUAGACUUGUAUAUUGUUUUUAUUUAUUCAUUUAAAAAGAUACAUUAUAUAGUAUCUAUGCUUCCUCUACACAUAUCAUCUAUAUUCCUAGUUAUUUUUUUUCUUUCUGUAAGGACUGCUUUUUAAACAUUUAUUUUCAAAACUAUUUUGUUUAUUUAUUAUUAAACAGUAUUUUUUUAAAAUUAUACUGGAAAAAAUGUAGAGAGUAUUAAAAAUAGAACAGUAUUUGAAUUUUUUACGUAUCAGUAUUUGUUUAGUUUCUUUAAUGAUACUAUUUUUUAAAGUUUUAAAAUACAAAGCAGUUUGCUUGUGAUGCUUUUAAAGUUGGGUUGGGUAUGGUGGUUUUAAUUUUUAACAUUCCACUUUUUUACUUUAUUUAUUAUUAUUUUUGUUUAAGAUUCCUAUUUUUAAAUCGUGCCUUAAAACUGAUUUUACUUUGUAAAAAUGGAAAUUCACUUGAGUUCUUCAUUAUUUGAGUAUAUGGAUGCACCUUUUUCAUGUUAUUUUUCUAAUUCUAAGAACUCUGAAUAGAAACACGUCCAUUUUGAUGUAAAAAUGGGAAUAGUUAAAACGUGAUAACAAAUGGUUCUGAUAGUACUUAAUUCUCAUUGACAAUCAUCUACAAUCACUUUUUCCAAUUAAAAUUAAGCACCAAAUUGUGUAUUUGAUUUUAAAUAAGUUCUCAGUGUUUUAAAAGAUUUGCCAAUAAUUUCCUUUCUCUAGUGUAAUUAACGUGCGGAAUGUUAUGAAGGUCACUGAUAACCAAUACAGUGCCACGGAGAUCGCCAUUGACCAUCAAGGUUACAACUCAUAUUCGAUUAAGUGCUCAAUGUUUUUCAAUUUUUUAGUUUUAUCGUCAUUGUUAAUAUGGCAUGAGGAAAUUAAUGCAAUAUAGAACAUACAAAUAUAACAAAUGACUGUAUCAAUGGGGGGGGGUGUCACUUAUGACCUCUGUAAAAUAAAUGUAUUAUGAAUGAUUGCACUGAUUAAUUUGUGUUGUAAUUAAUAUUUUACCAAAAUAUUCAAUGCAUAAUGAGGAAUUUAUGUCAGCCAGACAGAAAAGCCAUAUGGAAUUAAUGUGACAUUCAAUGUGUUAACUUGAUAUAUUUUUAGUUUGGUUAUAGUAUGGUAGCAUUUAUUAUAUAUGUCAUGUUGCAUUUAAUAGAGACCUACUUCAGCUAUAAGUCUUAUGUAUGUUUGCAACUUUUAAUGUCAUACCUGGCUUAAGACAAAACUUAGUAAAAUAUUUUUUAUAAAGAUGAAAGGCUUAGAUGAAAUAUUAUAAUAUACAAAAUGUUUUAAAGAGCUUAAGAAUAUUGUAUUUUUCAGAAAUUAAAUUUUAAAAUUGAAUUCCAAAUUACCCCCUCCCAUCCAUUUUACAGAAUGGCUAUUAUUAUUUCCUAUUACAAUAUUUUUUUAGUUAGAGUUUUUCUAAAUGCUCUUACUAGAAAAAUUACUUGUUUUUGUAGUCCCUGUUAGACAAUGAAUUCAUAAUUGAAUUUGAUCUAGAUUUUAUAUAUAUUAUGAUUAAUUGUGAGAUUGCAGUGGAAAUAGGAUUUAUAAAAUGUUUUUACAUAAUUGCAAAUUUUUUUUAGUAAUUCGUUCGUAAAUUCUUUAUAGUAAUUAGUUCAUGCAUUUGUUUCCUUGCAAGAAUUGAUAUAUAAUAUAAUAAAGGAUAUAUAAUAUAAUUCAUUAAAGAAAUUCCAUGUAUAUUUAUUUUCUCGACCAAAUUAACAAAUAUUACUUUUUAUUGGCAUUUAUUGAUAACUAAAAAGUAGGGGGGUGCUUCUCAAAGUGCCCUCUUUUUUAAAUAGCUAUUGAAGGGAAUAUUUAUAAAACCAUUUUUUCACAAUGAAAUGAAUUAAUUUAUCAAAAAGAAAAUAGAUAUAAUGAAAAUAAAUUUAAUGUUAUUUAAGUAUGUUUAUUAAUUCCACAAACUGUUUUGUUGUUGUUUAGAAACUUUCUUGCUUAUUUACUAAUUUUUCUAAUUCUUAUCUAAAAUUGGAAUGCUUCCUUGGGGUGAAAAAAUUAAAUUUUCAAUGUUUAAUGUUUUAAUUCUGCUUCAGAUAUUUUGCUUAAUAAAUUAUGUUUCAAAUAAUGCAAUGGGAAUAAAAUCAAUGGAAAAAAUAUAUGUAUAAACUAAUUAUGCAUACAUUUUGUUGUGUUUUAAUAGAAAAAUAUAUUAUUUUUGAUAAAAAUAUGAAAUUUAUUCUUGAGUCUAGUAUCAUUAGGCAUUUAUUUUAAAAGUAUAGUCAUGUACAAAAAAAAAAACUUUCAAAUGAAUGUAUGACAUAUUUUAAUUAUAGUUCUUUUCUGUAGAUACUUUAAAUAAGAAAUUAACUAAAUAAUUAUUCUUGUAUUUUUUAUGUUUAUUAAUGUAUGAAGAUUUUAUCAUUAAAAUUCUAUAUAUGUAGGUAUCAUAUUGCAAUUUUAAUUAAAUUUGAGGAUUACAUUGUAUUUGUUAACAAUAUUUUUAAUUGCGCAUUUGUCAUUUAUAUACAAAGAAAAAAUUUUAACCCUUAAGUGCAUAUUAACUGGAAUAUAGAAAGUCAUUCCAAUGAGUUUUGCCUGUAAUGGCUGGAAUGUAGAAAGCCAUCCUUUAUACAUUCAAACAUCAUCCUUUUAAAGAAAUUCAAGUGCUGGAUAAUAGCCAGUCACUAAUAAAUCUAUAGAAUAUAGAGACAUUAUUUUCAGAUUUCCCUAAAUCUGCUUGAUAUGUUUUCCCCUUCAAUAUGAAAUUCUGAAUUUAUUAUUCAUUAAGUCUAAUAAAGUAAGAUGUGGUAUUAUUUUAUUACAAUUAUUAAUGGCUGAACAAACAUUUCACUAAUUUCUCUUAUAUAAGUAAUUGGUUUCCAAACUUGAGAGAAUAGAUUUAAUUAUGUUGUAUGUUUAAUAAAUUUUGACAAGUUAGUUACCAAUAGCUUCUUAUGUCCUGGGUUUGCAGCAAUUGUGAUGCUUGCUACGAAAAGUAUCAGCAUUGAUUUUCUUUUUUUAUUCAGUAUUGCUAGGGAACUGUUGCAAUGUUUCUGUGUAUUUACUGUUGUUAAUUUUUUUUGUAAAUACUGUAAAAUACUGUUUUUCAGAUGCAAUAAAUCUGAUAUGUUACUUUGUGAAACAACUCAUGUUGUCUGAAGUUGACUAUAUUCAAUUGUUAAAUAUGCAUAUACAAGGUCAAAACCUUUUUUAUUAAUAAUUCCAUAUUAUUAUAAAAUUGAAUGUUAUUUAAAAUUACUCAGAUUAUCUGUAGAAUAAAAAUAUAUUUUCUUUUA